CAACCAACCAGGAAACUGCGAGGAAGGGGAAGAGUGUUCAGAGCUGGAAGAGGAGAAGAAGAGGAAACAGCAGCAUCACUACGAAUUCCCUCUCCAGCCUCUUUAGCUGUCUGUGUCUGACCCUUUAACCUUAUGGACUAGAACUCCUCAGGUGUAUUCUUCAGUGUUGGAUCCUUGUUUUCGUCUUUGUCCGAUUUCCCGUCAAGAUGCAGGCACAGCUGGCGUGUGUGCUUCUCCUCUGUUUCACAUGUGGCGGACUCUGCACAGACGUCGACCAGGAUCAGCGGGCGCUAGAAGAGGAGCUCCUCAGCAGUAUCUUCACUUCUAAGAUGAAACAGAAUAAGCAGAGUGCCCCCUACUGGCGCGUGUCACUGCUCAACCUCUGCAGGAUGGUAAACAGCCUGCGGCAGGAGUCGUGGAGCAGCGAGGAGGAGGAGGACAGCGAGCUGAGGGAGGGGAGCCUCCAGCUCCUGGAGGAGCUGUACAACUUGCAACACAUCUGCCGAGCGCUGCAGAGCCGGGAGGAGAGGCUACUGCACAACUCUCUAGAAUAUUUAGAUGAGAACAUUGACAGUCCGCUGAAACGGAAAUCACCCUACAUCCUGAAGAGGCAAGCGGCGCACACCACCAAGUCCCGGAGGCCUUACAUCUUGAAGCGGAGUACGAUUUACUGACAGCCAUCCCGGGGGCCGAGGCGAUGCUUCAGGGGACCAGACCAUCUUUCUGUGAAGAUGUGAUCGUGUUUUUUUCCCUCUCUUCUUGUUGCUGCAAUGUUUUUACUUUCCCCAUCGUCGUUUUUAUCCAGUCAGACCCUCCGAUUGUAUGUCCAGUGUUGAGGCCUGAGUGUAUUCUGCUCCUCAAGUAAAGGUCCUGAAAAUAAAAUCCUGAGCAUCGGGCAAAUUGCGUAACUCUAAGAAACUAUAUUUAUUUACUCUAUUUCUUCACUGCACACUAAGUCUAUUUUCUUUCAAAAUACGAUUAAAGGAUUCAUGAU